AUGACGACCAACGCGCCCGUCGCAAAAAACAAAAAAAAGGCAGACGCAAGAGCAGCAGAUCAGCCAAGCCGUCGCUCGCCGUCGACAGAUUCAGCGGGCUCGGAACCAGCGGCCAGCAGUCGACACCCGGCAUCCAUUGCCUCUCAGGAAGACGACGGAGAUGAAGAGCUUGUAAAGACCAAGGACAUUGAUGUGAGCCCAGCGGGCCCCAACUACCUAUUCCACUCGGACUAUGAACCCAUCCCCUCCACAUCAGCUACUCAAAGAGUUCGACUGCGCUUCUACCACGAUCAGAUUUACAUGAUAAGACCCUUAAAGAAGCCGUGGACGAAGGAGGAGAAGGAUCGUUAUGCCCAAGCUAAGAGGAACCCGCCCAAGUUUGGGGCAAUUCAGAUCCCUCAGCUGAUCAGCGACGUCUGCGAGCCGCCUGCCGAACACCAGACGUCCAAAGGAUGGCCUAACAUACCCUGGCUGACAGCGAAACAUAGCGAUAUUUUCACCCCCCGCGGCGAACGCUUCUACAUCUUGGCCAGGAAGGGUGGUGAAUGCAGACCAGUGUCUGCGGCGAGGAGGGAAGGCCGCAGACAAGUCCGCUUCAGCGACAGCCAUAUCUUCCAGCCCGGCAUCGGUGGUCAAUAA